AUGGUUCUGCGAAAAUGUACUAUCUGUGACCGCCGGUUCAAGAAGACGGAGCAUUUCAAGCGCCAUGAGCGGUCACACACCAAAGAGCGCCCCUAUGAGUGCAAUGUUUGCCAUAAGCGAUUUUCGCGAAGUGAUGUCUUGAGUCGGCACGCAAAAGGUCAUACCCAAGGCCCUGAAAACUUGGGAGGGAAGAUCAAGCCUUCUCCAUUAUUCAAUACAGCCAAACGGCAGUCUAUCUCCGGGUCGCCCCUCCUCCCGGCGCCGAGCGCAGAGAAUGGCUCCCGGCUUGUCCAUACUGCUACCACAGAGGUCCAUCCAUUGCCCAAUGUAACAACUCCACGCGACCUGGGUCUAUCAGGCGCAGGAGUUUCAUCCAAUUCGUUAGACUUUCUUGCAGAUAUCUCGGCGCACCACGGCCGAAAUGAGCCCGAGAUCCACCCCAUGCUCCUUGACGAUCAACAUCCAUACUUUGGAUGGGGCGAAAUGACACCAGCAGAUCCAAAUUCUGCUCAGCGGAAUAGCCUCGGGUUUGAAGGUGUGCCAAAUGAUAUGCUCCACAUGUGGCUCGAGCCGCGUACCGAGUCGAGCUCUAACCAGGGAUCCUCGGACUUGAUGCGCGAUGUCCCUUUCCCCAUGCUUUGUGACAAUGCAGCGAUGACACCAGGCCAACAGACUCGGCAUUCUGUCGAUAGCGGGAAAAGCAGCGAGCAUAUUCCUAAUGAGCGUUUCUCGAAAGUACAACGAUGUUGGUUCACGCCAUUAAACUACACAGGACGUUUGAUGAACAGUUUAUGGAGAGAUAUUGUGUACACAAACGUGGAUAAUAUUUUCUCGGUAGGCCCUUUUCAACUUCCAGGUGAUGAUAUGAUGCCUCAAGGAUCUAGGCGGGGUAUCGACGAUGAUUGCAGGCGCCGCCUCCAGCACGCAUUCGCUCAGCCACUCUCACACUAUCCCCAACUACAUUCCCCAAGCCACGGCUCUACUUCUCCGCCACUUUCUGGCACUUCGAACAUUCCAUACCCAAAUUUCCCGCCGGCGGAGGUCUUGGAUAUGGCCCUUGAUCUUUAUUUUAGGACAUUUCACCCCUUGGUGCCCUUUGUUCACCUGCCGACGUUUGUGGCCAAAAAGUCUCGUUUACCACUCCUCUACACGAUGUGCCUUAUCGGGAUGAUGAUGAUGGGGACCAAAGGCACAGCUUCUUUUGUGCAAAAUAAUUUCAAGCAUAUGCUCGAGAAAGUGACCGUGGACUUGACGAGAUGCACCAUGGGAACAUCGAACCCAGCCGAUACAGUGUCGACUUUAGCUACAGCAUUUCUCUUUCUCAACCUUGCUGUAUUGACAGGGGAUAAGGGCCAUUUGGAGAAUGUUCAAAUGUUGUACGUAAAUCUGAUGUCGGUUGCUCAAAGGCAUGGCCUUUUCUCGGCUACGGAAGGUCAAAUCCUGGACAUGAGCCUCUUCGAGGCUGUGCCUGAUAUCGAAAUGCGAUGGAAGGCUUGGAGCAAAGUCGAAUCAACGAAACGUGUGAUAAUUGGACUUCUCCUCGUGGACUCCUGGUACUCGUCGUUGCUGUCGACAAGCCCAAUCAUCCUACCAGAUUCGAUACAGAUAAUAAUGCCCUGCAACGAAGCUCUCUUCCGGGCACACUCUUCUAUGCGAUGGACACAGCUUAUCCGGAGUGGCAAGAGGAUCUUGAUGUCGACAGUGCUUGCACCGUCCGAGAACAUCCAUAUUCCAGCGCAAGACGGCCCAAUGGAUGAUUUGAAUAUCCAAGCCAUCCUUGCCAUGGUGCAUUUGCGCCAAUCAGAGGCCUAUCACCGUCUCUUGUCCAACCGUUCCAGUUAUCCAUUCGCACCCUGUCACACGUUCGCCAUGGAUGGCCGAGCCCGGUGCCUCCCAGAUCUCCAACGCCAGAUCAUCACCGAUUAUGGAGACACCCUAUCCCAGCUCAACCCCAACGCUCUUAUCACGUGGCAUUAUAUGUGCAUGAUGCUCACGGCUGAUAUCCAGAUAUUCGACUUAGCUGCUGGUCGGUCCGGUCCGAUUCCCGCCCGUAAGGCUCUUGAUGAUAUAGCUGAGUGGUCACAAACACCGGCAGCCCGGAGGGCCUGCAUCCAUGCUUCCCAUAUUUGGAAGGCAAUGGUCAACCGUAAGGCCGCUGAUCACCCGAGCUUCCACUCGCUCUUCGCACUUUUCGCCUCCGCCCUGGUACUAGGGCUCUAUACCUUCAUGGUUCCAAAUUCUGGCAACACGCCAUCAAGCGUGGGUACUAUUGAGCUGAUGGAUGAUGUAGACUGGCGGCUGGUUGGCACCGAGGGAUUCACUAGCUUCAUGGAGCCCAGAGGGAGCCAGUCAUUCUCCCCAACAGAUGAUGCGGCAGUCAACUUCAUUCGAAAUGGCGCGAUAAUAUACUACAACGGCAUGCCAUUCCAAGAGGGCUAUCAAUCUUCCCGGAAGAUUCUGCUCGAUUUCGCAAACCUCCUGAAGGACUCCGGGAAAUGGAGCUCUAAGAAGUUCUCCUAUGUCCUUCAUAUCAUGAGCGAUGUCUUGCUGGACGUUGAUUGA